GGUCGUUGGUUGAUUCUGUGGGAGGCGGGCUGUCCGAUGGCUGCGGUCAACAUCUGGAAGAAGUUACUCACCCUGUUGCUUACCUUGGAAAGUAUACCGGAGUACAACUGCAAUUUCAAAAUGUCUUUUGUAAAAAUUGACGACAAGUCCGACUUCUCCUAUCACAAUUUACCAUAUGGCGUGUUCUCGACACCGGAAAAUCCCAGGCACCGGAUUGGGGUUGCGAUUGGAGAUCAGAUUUUGGAUUUGAGCGUUAUAAAAUCACUCUUCAGAGGCCCUGUGCUCUCCAAUCACCAGGAUGUGUUUGACCAGCCGACCCUGAAUGCGUUCAUGGGUCUGGGGUACGAGGCAUAGGAGGCCAGGAGGAGUCUUCAGCAGCUGCUGUCUGCCAACGAGACCACGCUCAGAGACGACGUCAGCCUCAGGAGCAGAGCGUUCUUCCAUAAGAGUUCAGCCAUCAUGCAUCUGCCUGCUGAGAUAGGUGACUACACUGACUUCUACUCAUCCAGGGACCAUGCCACCAAUGUUGGCAUUAUGUUCCGAGGGAAGGAGAAUGCCCUGAUGCCCAACUGGUUGAGGCUGCCCGUGGGGUAUCAUGGCAGGGCCUCUUCCAUAGUGGUGUCUGGGACCCCCAUACGCAGACCCUCUGGACAGAUGAGACCCGACCAAUCUAAGCCUCCUGUGUUUGGCCAGUCCAAGCAGCUGGACAUUGAGCUGGAGAUGGCAUUCUUUGUAGGUGGAGGUAAUCGUCUUGGUGAGCCCAUUCCCAUAGAGAGAGCCCACCAACACAUCUUUGGCAUGGUGCUAAUGAAUGACUGGAGUGCCAGGGAUAUCCAGGCGUGGGAGCACGUUCCUCUGGGUCCGUUUCUGGGGAAGAACUUUGGGACAACCAUCUCACCCUGGGUGGUUCCUAUGGAGGCCCUGCUGCCCUUCGCUGAGCCCAACACUGUCCAGGAUCCAAAGCCCCUCCCUUAUCUAUGCCAUGACGAUGCCUUCACCUUCAACAUUAACUUAUUUGUGUCAGUGAAAGGAGAGGCAAUGAAGGAAGCAGCCACUAUAUGCAAGUCCAACUUCAAGUAUAUGUACUGGACUAUGAAGCAACAGUUAGCCCAUCACACAGUCAACGGCUGUAACGUCAGACCUGGAGACCUGCUGGCCUCAGGAACCAUCAGUGGACCGGAUCCAGACAGUUUUGGUUCUAUGUUGGAGUUGUCGUGGAAGGGUUCUAAGACCGUGGACCUGGGAGGAGGAGAGACAAGAACCUUCCUAAAAGAUGGAGACGAGGUCACUCUUACAGGUUACUGUGAGGGGAGUGGGUAUAGGGUGGGUUUCGGACCGUGUGCGGGGACCAUUCUACCAGCCCUGUAACCCUGAGAAUCAUCCACCCUCAAUGUCUCUUCCAUCCUGGGGGGAGUAAUGUUGUUACUGAAGUCCUUUAAAAGGGAAAAUCUGGGGUUUUAAAUACAACAAAUCAGUUGGAUGAAUGUACGUACCAAUCCAGGAUUGACCCUUUAAAUGUUCAUCUUAAUUGUUGUUUAUCAUUCCAAAGUAUUGUUGCCAGAAGCAGUGUUAUAUUCCAUAAUGUUGUAACUAUGUGGACUGGGACCUGACAUCUAAAAACUAUAAAUGUUUCAACACUC